CCUGACUCCGAUCAACAAGUGGCAGCUCACCUCAGCUCUCAGCUCUCUAGGCUCCAGUUCCCUGGCUCUAAGUUCAGUGUUCAGUUUUGCAGUGUGAAAAGUUUUACUAAAAGUUGCCAAAAGUGCUUGCUGCUGGAAUAAAUUAUAAUUGACAUCAAACAAUUUGAGUGCAGAAGAGAGUGCUAUUAAAAAAAGCGAAAAUCCAUUACAAAAUGCGGUAUCUCAAGUGCAGUUGGACUUUGUUGGUGUUGGUGGCGCUCUUUGCCUUGGUGACAGGUUCCUGCCUGGAAUACGGACAUUCAUGUUGGGGAGCACAUGGCAAGAGAUCCGGAGGCAAGGCGGUGGAGGAUGCUAAGCAGCGACCUGGACCCAAUACCUAUGCCCUUGAUGCCCUGGCUGAGCAGCUGUAUACCAACAACCGGAACAAUCAGAACCCAGAGGACAAUGAUGAAGAUAACACCAACAGUGGACCCCUGGCAGCAGCUCCUCCAGCUACUGUUCUCCAGGCUCGUCGGGCUGAGGAGGAACGCAACCGGAUUGGCAAUGGCAAUGGUCUUAAGUGGACCCAGUUGCUCCGGCAGCAUCGCUACCAACUAAGGCAGUUGCAGCAGCAGCAACAGGAGCAGCUGUUGGGUCGUGGCCGAGGCUCUCAAAGGGGAUACGAUGCCGCCGCCGAGAGCUGGCGAAAGUUGCAACAGGCUUUGCAGAAUCAGGAUCUAACUUUAGAGCCCGCUGAGAACGAGGAGCAACCGGUUUAUGAGCUCAAAAAGUGAACUCCAUAGAAUGCCAGCGCUAAAUUGAAAAGAUAUUUAUCACAAGAUCACACACGAGAUCAUUGCAUGCCGAGCAUCAAUUAAACAAAAAAUUCAAUUCAAAAAACCCAAUUAAAGCAAGCACACGGCAGAAAGUAGAGCAGUGUAUGUACAUGAAGGCGUUUCGUAGAGUUCGUUGUGGACAUUUUUUAUUAGACCUCUUCCGAGCGGGUUCUGGUGGAGUCCUCUGGCCAUAUUGCGUCACUGGCUGGAUGCCGCAAUAUUGGCCACCAGAUCGCGCACGCGUGCUCUUGUCAUUUGGGAGCCCUAACUUAACCGUACUUAAUCCCUAUUACUUAAGCUUCUAAGAUUUACCACUAAUAAAAGCUACAUUGAGUGCA